CAUGAUUAUUUGCGAGAAUGGGCAGACAAGCACCGGGGAUAUGCUGAUAUCAUUGUCUCGAUGGAACAGCGAUCCAUGGACUAUGCAAGUCAAUCGGAUGGACCACCAGAGCCCAUGUGUCGAUGGUGCAAAGCCAGGGAGCCCACCUGGAAAUGCGAGGAUUGCUUUGGUUUCCCUGAAGGAUGUCAAGACUGCUUCUCAAAGGCCCACAACACGCUCCCGUUUCAUAAUGUUCUGUCCUGGACAGGCACUCACUACGAGCCUUCGUUCUUGCACAAGGCAGGGGUUGUCAUCCACUUGGGGCAUGGCGGUACACCAUGUCCCACACCACAUCCUCCGAAAGACCCACCAACAGCUUCAGACCAAUCCUCAAAUCCAAGUUUUGAAUCCGAACGAAUCUCGUUCAAGGUAGGGCUGGGGAAGGCCUUCACCAGAAAGCAUAUCGACGAGGAACGUAACUCGUACCUUGUGGUGGUUGACUGCAAUGGUCUCCACCAAGUUGCUGUUGACUGGUGCAGAUGUUCACCAGCGGUCAAUCGACGUUAUGACAUUCAACUGUUGCAGUCCGGCUUGUACCCAUCUACACCUAAAUCUCCUCGGACAGCAUUCACAUUCCGACUGCUGGAUAGUUUCUUGCUGAUGAACAGGGAGUGCAAAGUUCCCGCCAUGAGCUAUUUUUCUCUAUUGCAGCGACAAACCUUGAGCAUUGCUCCGCAGGAAGUACCUGCUCGUUAUGUUGAACUGCAACGGUGUUCACGCCAGUGGCGGUUCAUGAAGGCGCUGAUAGACAAUGGCCAUGUUGCAAUUGGCCGAAAACUUGGCCAAGGGGCGCUUGCCACCGCAUGCCCAGCUUGUCCACACCCUGGAAUAAACAUGGCGGAUGAUUGGAAGGAUGACCCCGACUGGUUCAAGCACGCAGCAACGCUUUGUGUAGACGGUAACUUCAAGGCGGACCACUUGCGGAUGAAGAAAGAAGAAAAUGACGUCCCUUUGGCGGAUGGAGCCAGAUACAUGACCGAAAGCUCCGCUUACAAGGUGCACUUGGCGGCAAGUGAACCCAGCAGCAGACGAGAGGUGUCGACGUGCAAUGCUCACCGUGCUGUGACUCAAGCUAACCAAGGUCGAGGACUGCACAAAGAUGUAAAUGGGAUUGCAGCCGUUGCAUGUGCAAGGCAUGGCUUCUUUGUUCCAGGAACCGGAGUGGAUAUACAUCUAGGAGAGCGGUUUUGUACCAUCGAUUGGGCAAUAUACAUGGGAUCACUCUGGUUCUUGGGGCUCCUGCAUUUGCUCUGGCUCUAUGACAUUUGGUGCAUAUACAAUGCAAAACUCAAGCAGCGCUUUAGUGACAGUUCAACCAUCUCAUUCCCUCCUGGUCUUACUAUUGCUGGUGGCAUUGGCCAAUUUCACGUUCACGGUCACAAGGGGGAUUGCUAUGCUCGCUAUUCUCCUUUGUUCAUCCUGGGAGCUGGAUGGGUGGACGGCGAAAUACUGGAGACACUUUGGUCCAUGCUGAAUGAGAUUUCUCGUAGCACCCGUGCUAUGACCACCUCCCACAGAAAAGAAGUCCUUGAUGACCACAUGGACGACUCGAACUGGAAAAAACUGAUCCGUAUUGCAUUAUCGCUAGCGUCAAAGUGGCGGAAGGCUGUCCAGGAGUUUGUCGAAUCUCAAGACGUCCUCGCGGAUCUGUCAGAGGUUGCAGGAAGUGAACGUGUUCAGGAAUGGACCGCCCAGCUCGACCAAGCAUACAAGGACCGCGCGGACGACGUCAAAUCGAUGGACAUUUUAACAGUACACUUCCCCGAGGUUCCGUCCCAGGCACAAAUCGAGGAAGAGCUUACAAAAAACAGCCCCCGUGCAUCCGCGGUGAAGGGCAUGACAUCCGCCGAGUGGCUAUCAGAGGGACUGAACAUCGGCGUCCAACAGUACGACGUGCCAAUAUUGGGUGUCACGCAAAUGGCUAAAUCAAUUUACAGAUUGAGGGUCAUCGAACUUGUCAAGGUGUCAGAAGGUAACGAUCAAGUUGAAAGCGCACAUAAAGCUAGAGAAGGCAGGCGGGCCCUUGCCAACCGGCUGAAAAUCUGGUUUGCAGAAGCGCCUAUAUUCGUUGGUAGCUUGGUCAAAUUGAACCUGGAGGAGGAGUCUCCGGAGUUGCGAAACGAGGCUCCCGAGCAUGUCGUGUUGCCACUACCGUCCGCAUUUGGAGCCGCGGCCUGUGAGGCACAUCAACUGAGCAAAUUGAUGGAGCAGGAGGCGGAGCUGAGGAAGGGACAGAUGAACGACCACCUCAACGAAAUGAAGAUUGGUAUCGCUAGGAAGGCAUUGGGGUGGAGCCGAGAUGUCCGCGCUGCCCGUGGUAGCGUGCACCAACAAACAAGGGCACGAGCAAAAGUGCAUCGCAUGGAGGAAGAGCUGCGCCAUCACACUCGCGUCUAUCGGUCUGCUCGGGAAGCUUCAAUUAGCAUGGGCUUGCUUGAUGAAAAGUACGAAGAGCUAUUGGAAGCACACCUUAACGCAAAAGCAGUCGACUUGAAUCCAGCGACAAGAGGAAUCAGAAAUGCUCACCUACCAUGGAUCUGGCGGAUGCACACAGAGAAGCAGGACACGCCUGAAUGGAUGUUGACUUUUGCUCGGAUUCAAUGGAUGAGGGAGAAAUGUCGAUUUGAUCGGUGGCAAGAAGAAUUGCUCAUUGUCCAGGAAGAAAUGAAGAGAGUCAAACGGUACUUUGAUUUCCAGGCAAGUGACUGGGAGACCCGCUCAAACACUAAGGAUUUGCCAGGCGGACACGUCGCUCUGGCAAACAGGAAACGAGGGAUGUGGCAUGCGUUGUCCCGCCUGGCGGAUGAGACCUUCAAG